AUGAACAUCAUUUGUAACAUCAUUUCACCAAAAGAUGAGCAAAGUCUAUUUCAGUCAUUGUUGGACAGUUCUAGUGAACCUAGCGUUUCGCAAGAUCUUGAUGCUCUCAUGACAGCAUAUGCGAAUGCACCAACUCGAAGACUAAAGCUGCAGAUUUUAAGCAUACAUGCACACAGGUAUCCAGUGAAAACCCUUAUACGACUACACGAGCCAUAUGCCAAAGUCACCAAGUGGCAAAUGAAGCGCGUACUCAUGCAAAACUAUACGGUCCAGGAACAAUACAAGAGACUAAAAAGUCACACAGGGUGCGAGUUGAUGCAGCAAAGCUUGACCACUUUAUUGACUUUAUCAAUAGGUCGCACUUUUACCAGGACGUUACCUAUGGAGUACGUGAGUUAAAACUGGAGAGCGCCGAGCGAAUAGAAAUGCCAAACAUCGUGCGCAUCAUCACUAGAUCAACCAUGGUAGCCAUCUACAUGAAAUACUGCGCAGAAGAAGGCUUUACUGGUCCACUUAGUCGCCGCACAAUAUUCAGGCAUGAAGCCUCUCAGCGCAAGUCAUUGCGAGGAAUAGAUAAUACUGCUGCUGAUGGAGCGAUGGGAUUUCAGACAAUUGAAAGAAUAGUGAAUGAUCUUGAACAAGCUGGUGUGGACAGCGCCUGGGCAGAAGAAACGAAAGAAAGAUUGAAAAAUGGGAAAAUAUACCUCAGAGUCAAAUAUCCUGUUCAUUGCUCAAUAGAAAGCAGUCUUUGCAAAGAUCAUUGUGUGAACUUUGGACUCAGCGAUGCAAACGAAAAAUGUUUCCAAAAGCCAUGUGGCCACAAACAUGAAAUGAAAUGUAAAGAGUGCGAAGAUUUGAAAAUGGUCUUAAAAGAGAUCGAGAAUAUGAUUCUCAGUCAGUGUUCCGGCGAUCACGCCCAAGAGAAGAGAGAAGAUUUGCUGUAUGAUCUGCGACACGCCUCAGAGGACGUGUUUUGGUGGGAUGCGCAUAUUCUUAGAUCUGUGAAUCAAGAUAAGGCGAAGGAAGACAUGAUAAAGAGGCUUGAUGAGAAUACGGUGUUGAUUGUAAUGGACUGGGCUAUGAAAUUUUUGCCGACCAGGUAUCGUGAAAAACAGUUUCAGUGGUUCGGAAAGAGAAGCCUGAGCUGGCAUAUAAGUAGUGUAAUCUCCAAGGUUGACGGAAAAUUGCGCACACACAACUACAGCAUGCGUUGGCAAGAUAGAAGAAGCGAACAAUUCCUUAGUGAUAAAGAAAGUUAA